AGCUCCUCCCAGUAGCGGCACCGACACAUCAAGAUGUGACUGACUAUAUGAAUAGGGCACCCGAUGCUCUCACUGGAGAACAGUGUCAGUGAAAUCGAUUUCAUCACUUGUCAGAGAAGCUCACAUGGUUAGAGAGAUGAACUUAGAGGGGGACAGCGGUCUGUCAGUGAGCUGCGGCAACGGGAAACUUAGACAGUGGCUGAUCGAUCAGAUUAACAGCAGUAGCUAUCCCGGACUGGUUUGGGAGAAUGGCGAGAAAAGCAUUUUCAGGAUCCCGUGGAAACAUGCGGGCAAACAGGACUACAAUCGAGACGAGGAUGCUGCACUCUUCAAGGCUUGGGCAUUGUUCAAAGGGAAACACAGGGAAGGAGUGGACAAACCAGACCCCCCCACAUGGAAGACUAGACUGCGAUGUGCUCUGAACAAAAGUAAUGACUUUGACGAGCUGGUGGAGAGAAGCCAACUUGAUAUAUCAGACCCUUACAAAGUCUACAGAAUCAUACCGGAGGGAGCUAAGAGAGGGAUCAAGAUGGCAGAGACAACGUUACAUAUGAGCUCAGAGAGCAACUACCCCAUGGACUCUCUGUACCCAACUCUACACAGCCAGGUGUCUGGCAGCUACAUAGUUCCCCAGGAGAGGAAGGAGUGGAAGGACUACAGCCACACGCAGGACCACCAGCAGCAACCUCAGCCUCAGCACCACCAGCCACCCCACGUUGAGCUGCAGUAUAGCCAGUGCCACUACCCAUCGCCACUCAGCCGACUGUGGCACACCGGGCCACACACAGAUAACGGUUAUCAGUUCACUGGCUCCUUCUAUUCAUACUCCUCCUCAGAGUCCCACCCCACAGCAUUUACAAUGGACCACAACAUGGCCACCCUUUCUGACUUCCGACUGCAUGUGUCCCUGUUCUACCGUGAGGCUUUGGUCAAGAAGGUAACCACCUCUGGUCCCGAAGGCUGCCAGAUCACCUCGUCUUCCUCCUCCUCUUCCUCAUCUUCCUCUCCCUCCUCCCCCUGCCCUGGGGACAAGCUGUACAGCGGUGCAGAAGUGGUGCUGUUCCCGUCCCCUUACCCCGAGUCACAGAGGAGGGGGGCGGAGAAGCUACCCAACGUCCUGGAGAGGGGCGUGCUCCUGUGGAUGGCGUCAGAUGGGCUCUAUGCCAAGCGGCUUUGCCAGAGCCGAGUGUACUGGGAGGGCCCGCUGGCCCCGUACACAGACAAACCCAACAAACUGGAGAAAGAACAGACCUGCAAGCUGUUUGACACUCAGCAGUUCCUCACUGAGCUGCAGGGGUAUGCCCAACAUGGCCGUCCCAUGCCCAGGCACCAGGUGGUGCUGUGUUUCGGUGAUGAGUACCCAGAUCCCCAACGCCAGACCAAGAUGAUCACAGCACAGGUGGAGCCAAUGUUUGCCAGGGAACUGUUGUACUUCACCCAGCAGAACAGCAGUCACUACCUUAGGGACUAUGAGCUCCAGGGACACACAGAGAGCUCCCCUCCAGCUCCAGGAGACUACCAGAGGACCCUCCAACACAUGCAGGAGUAACACAUACAAACAUGCCUCAGGAGCCAUGGACAUGCAUGUAGAUAGACCAAUGAGCUUAACUACUGUAAUGUAUAUGGUAUACUCAGGUCUUGGACUAAAAUUCCUCACUGUGAUUUCAAUGUAAGACUGGACUUUGCCUCCAUCAUCAGUGUCAACAGUUUGAGCCAAAGAGGAUCAAAGAUGAAAGUAUCUACCCUAGUUUGUACAGCCUUACAAUUAUGUUUCUAAUCAUCAUUUAUUUGUCUUUUUUUAAACAAUAUGAAAAACUGAUUAAGUAUUUUUGAUUUGAUCUGUUGUAAUAGUUUUGUUUCAAUAUCACAUCUGGAUGCCAGUGUCUAGGUGAAUGUGUUUGAUUGAUUGGUUGAUUUUGCAAAACCUGCUCAAGGUAGCUGUAGAUAAUUGAAGUGAUUGAUUUUAGGCUGACCCUAGCAUUGGUUCCCACUUGAUCCUUGAUACAUUAUAGCUACAAAGUGUGUGGUGUGUGUAGGCUUAUCACAAGAGAUAGUGUGUUUUCCGGUGACAUCUGUAGGAAACCCACAACACCCCCUGACCUGUGGUAGUGGUGUGGUGGGCGGAGGUAGCCUGCCCCUGUCUCUCUCUCCCCAUCGCGCUCUCUUUCUUUGUCUCCCUCUACAUUUUCUCUCUUGCUAACACUUGCUUUCAACGAGAGAGGGAUGCAUGUGUUUGUGUAUCUUUGUGUGUGUGUGCGGGCAUGCAUGUAUGUGUCUGCAUGUGAGAUUGUGACAGUGUAUAGGAUGCGGUUUGAGGGGACGAGGACCAAUGUGAAGCAGAGGGCGACUGACAGAAGCAGGAAGCACCAGUCACAGGUGCACAGGAAGUGGAGUAGCCCUCAGGAGAAAGGGAGAAGAGACUUAAUGUCACCAAUUUCCAGAAGCUAGGCAUAUGUUGAAUGUCACUACUUCACAGGAGAGGCAUUUUAAGGAAAAACAUUUUUUUUUAUAUCAAAAUACUUUUUCGGGCAGAAAUGCAUUUUGGAGCAUAUUAACUUUCAUGUGCCUUAAUAACAAACUUGUAUGCCAUCUGUAAAUACAAAUAAAAUGGUUAAAUUAC